UGGUUUAAGUGCAGUUAAGUCACAGGAACUGUUAACUUUUCCUAAGUAAACUCAAUGCUUCCUAGGAGAGAGAAGAGGAAAAAUAAGGGGAGAACACACAGAAAAGUGAGGACAACCUAUUCCCCAAAGGACAGGUUUUGUACGGCGAACCACCUUCUUCCAACUGCAGAUUUCCAGAAGGCUGAUUUCAAACAAAUCGGGAGGGAUGGAUAAAUUCCAACUCUCCAAGUGCUGUAGAACAUCCGGAAGCAAAUGCUGGCGGCCCUUGGGGAGUGACUGAAAAGUGUAGUAGUAGUAGGGCUCUCUUCGUCCCAUUCAUUGACACUUGAUAGUGUCUCCAGGCCACUCAUCUCCGUUCUAGCUGAGCACAAAUCACACUCACCAGUGAAGCUGGAGGGAGGCGGACACACACCCACACCCACACCCAUACCCUUGGCCCCAGGGCUGUAAAGCGCGAUCCACGGAAUCCGGGGGAGGCCGAAACCCGGUAGUCGAUGGAACCUCUCACUGCAAAAUCUCCCCGCUUUUUGAGGCUGGAGCCGAGAAGAACGCCACAGGACAACGCGGGGGAAGAGGGGGCACCUCCCUCUUACCUUGAUGGCUUUCUCCAUGUCGCUCUCCUCCGACAUACUCAGUGGGGCCCCCACAGCCGGGAGAGGCGGAGGCUGCUCAGCCGCCCUGUCCCCGCGCGGCCGAGGGAGCAAAGGGCUCGGCACUCGGGCCCCUGGGCCUCGUGGCGACGGGCAGCAGCCGCCCCUCGGGACCGGUGGGGAUGAGGACCCCGGCGCCGGCUCUGCUUCGGCGGGCGGCUCUAGGCUGGCGGCAGCAGCAGCGGCGGAGGCGGCGGCCCCUGGGGACAAGUCUUUGUGCUGGGCCCCGCGCGGCCGCCUCCUAGCCUCAUCCCCAGCUGGGGAGGCAGGCUCCCGGGGUAGGGCGAGGCGGGGAGGGCCUCGACCCGGGGCGCUGUGCAGGGGCCUCGCGGGGCCGCCGCUUAGACCUGGGCUCGCCAGGUCCUAAAGAGGAGCCUGCGCCUCCGCCUCCGCCGCCUGCACCGCCGCGAAGCCGAAGCCGAAGCAGAGCUCGGCGCCGCUGCUCCCGCCGCCGCCUCAGCGCCACACAUCGCCAGGACACCCGCGCCGGGCAGCCCCGCCGGCCGCCCUCACGCACGCGCUGUGCCCCGCGGGAGCUCCGAGUCGCCCCUCCUGCCGCCCAGCUUCGUCACUCCACGGCCCCACGCGCCCCUUGCUGCCUUCCGCUGGGGUUUCCGAGCUGCCCCCGAGCCGCGCACCCGACUUGCAGGCGCCCGCCUGGGCCUCCCUAAGACGCGCCGCAUACAGGACAGGCCACUGGGCCUUCCGCGGCGAUGGCGCUGUUCUAGUGACGUCAUAGGGCCGGACUCGCGUGAGUGCGCGUGCGUUGGGGCCUCAGCGUUUAUCUCCACUCUGCGGAGAUUCACACCUGGGAAAUGCUCUUCUGAGAGGACCGGUGGAAGUCAACCCAGGAGAGAGAAGAGAGGACUGAAGCACCGAAAGGGUCCUGCCGUAAGGGAGCAGGAUUGUGUAGAAUAUAUAAUAGCAGUAGCAGAUCUGUUUACGGAGCAUUAACCUUACGUGGAGUUAUUUCCUGCAUUUCCUCCUUUCAUCUUUACAAGGUAGCCAUUUGGCGUUGUGAGGUAUGGAUGUUCCCAUCCCUAAUUUGCAAAAUAGGUAACUGAGGCUCAAGAGAGCUAGACUAGUUUGUGCACAGCCAAGAAGUGGUCAAGCUAAAAUGGGACCCCAGGUUUGUGCUCCCUACUCUCCACCGAUAACCUAUCAAAGGGCUUUGCAAGAGCUUUUGACUAAUCGCCUCUCAAUGGUUGUUAUUCAUUUAUUAAUUGCACAUCAGUAUGUGCCAAAUCUACUAGACAUUGGAGAAACAGUAGGAACAACACAUGGUACCUGCACAUGGAUCUUUCAGGAAAAGGAAGUAGGUAAUAAACAGGAAAAAGCCCGAGUCUGAUGCUAAGAACAUAAACAGGAUGCUGAGAGAUUGGGUUUCUCCACAUUGCCCAGGCUGCUCUCCAACUCCUGAGCUCAAGUGAUCGACCUCCCUUGGCCUCCCAAAGUACUGGGAUUACAGGCGUGAGCCACCGUGCCUGGCUGAGAAGAUGGAUUUAAGACAUGUUUUGGAGGUCACAUUGUCAGGACUUCCUGAAGGAUUAGAUGUGGAAGGGAAGGAUAAGAAACAGACCAAGGAUAACUUUCAAAUGUAUGCCUAAGCAACUGGAUGGAUAAUGAUGCCACUGAGUGAGUGAAAAACUUGAUGGAAGUGGAAGAUCCAGUUCGUUUCUAUAUAGGUUAAUUUAAGACAUACCAGAGCAUAAGUCAAGUAAGUAAUUGAAUAUUGGAGUGGAGACUUAGUUGUCUACCGAAUUAUUGUUUUCUUUGUUGGACAUACACCUACACUGCAUUCCUCAAAGUAAAAUAAGUGUGGCUCUGUGCCUAUGCUCUCCCCAGCGGAAAGUAAGCAGAAGAGGUGUGCAGUUUCCAGCCCUGGCCCAUACAGACCUCCAACAGGUGCUCCCCCGUGCUCUUACUCCUUCUGCCAACUGGAAGCAGAUGGUGACCAGGCUCUGGAGAAGGCAAGGCCUGAAGAUGGGAGAUUCCUGAGUGGAGGAGAACUGCCUUACUGACCUAAAUAUCCACUUAAUAUUGUUAUGUGAGAAUAAAUAAACUUGUGUUGACCUUUUA